AUGCACCCAACUUUCCAUAGAGCCCGGCGACUAGCACGAGCCAACAUCCACGCCAAACUAUACCCACCAUCACCAUGCACACUAUACACUGAUGCCACACCCUACCCUCACAAACCUGCACACUGUGUAGCUGUUCUCGGCCAACAUCCACCACCAAACGUCACGGUGGCCACCAUCCUCACUACAAACACAACCACGGCGGAGGAAGCGGCCAUUGCCCUUGCGCUCGCCCAGAGCCCCGCCCCCCAAUUCGUCCUAUCUGAUUCUCAGCAGGCCAUCCGCAAUUUUAUUCGCGGCAAUAUCUCCCCCAUGGCCUUCCAAAUUCUCAUCAACAACCCUCCAUCCGACACCGUGACCCUGCUGUGGACACCAGCCCACACAGGCGUAGGCGCUAAUGAGAUGGUGCAUGAUCGUGCUCGCGAACUUAUCGACCGAGCCGCCAUUUCAACUGCGCCUACACGCGAUGUCCCUGCAGGCAAGCCUACCUCCCUCCUGCAAUACAGGGAUAUUACCCUACACUACCGCCUCCUCCGCCGCCAAUACCCACCUCCGCACCCCCACCUCUCCCAAGAGGCAGCACACAUGCUGCGCCUCUUACAAACACACACUUUCCCCCACCGAACACAACUAAUACACACUCACCCACACCUCUUUACCAGCCCCGCCUGUCCUACCUGCGGGGCAUUCGACACUCAUUACCAUUCCCUUUGCGAAUGCCCCGCAGAC